AUGUUUGGGAAAAAACCGAAAUCGGACGAGAAAAAGUAUCUCGUCGAGCAAAAAACAGCUUUAAGGAAGGAAAAUCAAUAUAAAAAUUAUGGCGGAACCCUUACAGCAGAUAACGAAUUGUUACUCGAAGAUGAUACUGACUUUUCAUUAUUUCCAUCGGCUGUGAUUUACGUACUUUUAUCAAAAACAUUUGAGGCUACGGCAGCAAAUGGAAUAAGGAGUGUCCUUAGUUUAUACUUAAGGGAUAGUUUAAUGUUUAAUGAAGGCUUCGCAACGAUAGUGUUACACAUUUUCAAUUUCUUCUCUCAAUUACUGCCAAUUUGUGGUGCCAUUUUGGCUGAUUCAUACUGGGGAAAUGCAAAGACAGUAUUUGUUUUCAACAUUCCGUACGUCAUCGGUUACUUAGGAAUGUUUCUUGCUACAUUGCCUUAUCUGUUCUCGUAUCAUUCUAUUGUUUACAUGUCAUUGCUUUUCAUCGCUACGGGAAAUGGCUUUUUACGAGCAUGCAUAACAGCUUUAGGAGCUCAUCAAUUUAAAAUUCCUGAACAGAAGGUUGCAUUGGAUCGUUACUUUUCGGCAUAUUACUUCUUUUAUUAUACAGGCAUAUUGAUUGGAAAAAUUGUACCUCCAUACGUUCGUACGAAAGUUCUCGUGACUAAAUAUUGCAUUGAACAAGGACAAUGUUACACAGCAGUUUUUGGUGUCAUCGCAUUUUCAUUUUUAGUCUCAUGGAUCAUAUUUCUCUGUGGUCUAUCAUCUUACAAGCCUGAAUAUCCGACACGUGACAAUACAAUGAUCAAUACAUUUAAUUGCAUUAGCUACGCAAUUUACAAGAGUGUGCAAAGGAAAUCAGAGAAGCAGGAACAUUGGCUUGACAGGUCAAUAGACAAAUAUACAAAAGAAUUUAUUGAGGACGUAAAGACUUUCCUUAAAAUUGUUAAAUUAUUUUUACCACUUCCGAUUUUCUAUGCAUUAUUGGCACAACAAGACUCUACGUGGACAUUCCAAGCUGCUUUAACCAACACAAAUAUUCUAGGAAUUGAAAUUCAAGCUGAUCAAUUUAAAGCUAUUGGACCAAUUUUGUUACUUUUGUUGAUUCCUUUAUGGCAGAAAGGAAUUGAACCGAUGUUGAAUUACUGCGGAAUUCAUCUUUCAUCACUCGAAUGUGUUUUUAUUGGUGGAUUAUUUGCAGUGCUAAGCUUCACAUCUGCUGGAUUCUUGCAAUAUUAUAUCCAUCAACAUGAAAUUAAUUCCGUCUCAGUUUUGUGGCAAUUUCCUCAAUUUUUAUUCAUCAUGAUAGCUGAAAUGUUGAUAUCUGUGCCUGGCUUAAAAUUUGCAUAUACACACGCUCCGGGGAAUAUGAAGUCAGUCUUAACUGCUAUAUUUUUCAUCAAUAAUGCAUUAGGGAAUUUAAUAGUUGUUGGAGUUACAGAGCUGGACAUGUUUAAGGAUAGAUGUAUGGAAUUUUUCUUCUACGCAUUUCUUAUGCUGCUUGCGGCUAUAUUCAUUAGAUUGUUAUCAAGGAGAUACGAAAUGACUGAUAGUCAAGUCGAGAUGAACAUUAUGGAUGAAAAGGUCAUCGAAACUUAUGUUUAUGUGGAUGAGGUCACAACAGCUAAUAUGGAAGAGAAUGUUUAUAGAACAAGUGACGUUGAGUGCUGA